UGUGUGAUUGGUACACUUGUUAUCAAAAAUUCUCGAAAAAUUGGUGUGUAGUGACUAGAGAGAAUAAUUGACUAAUAAUUACAAAAAGAAAGAUUUUCUAAUAAUACAAAACGCAGGCAAUUAAUCGUUGUUGACGAUUUUUUUCAAUUCGCUGCUAAAAAUGGCAGAGAUGGGAGAACGAUAUAAUACAAAGUGUCCAGGCGUAAAGAGAUUAAUGCGCGAAGCCCUCGAAUUGGCGGAAGCUACAGAAGAAUACUGUGCAAGACCUCUCGAAGACAAUUUAUUCGAAUGGCACUUUACUGUCCGUGGACCCGUGGGCACCGAUUUUGAAGGUGGGAUAUACCACGGGCGGAUACUGUUGCCUAAGGAAUAUCCAAUGCAUCCACCUCAUAUUAUCCUCCUGACACCCAACGGGAGGUUCGAAGUCAAUAAAAAGAUAUGCUUAUCGAUCUCCGGGCAUCAUCCUGAAACUUGGCAGCCAUCCUGGUCAAUAAGAACAGCUCUGCUCGCUCUGAUAGCCUUUAUGCCGACUCCCGCCGAGGGCACUAUUGGUUCUUUAGAGUAUACACCAGCUGAACGUAAAGCUUUGGCAAAAAAGUCUGCAAAUUGGGUAUGUCCACAGUGUGGAGCUACUUCGGCACUGCUGUCAUCGACUGCUGCUAAACCCCUCACAGAAGAAGAGCAGACUGCCCUAAAUCAAAUUGCAUUUAAGGGAGAAGAGGAGCAGGCUCCAAAGCCACCCGAGGAGCCUGUAGUGGCUGAACCGGAGCCUCAAACAUUGGAAUCGACAGACUCAACCUCCAGCUUUUUGGACCAGCUGACUGAAAUAUUGGCUGUUCUUCUUCUAGGGGCUAUCUGCAUAUUCAUAUACAGGCGCUGGAAUAUAACUUCAACUCCUGCAGCUACAAAUAGUGAAUUGUAAACUUUAGAUUGUAAAUUUUGUUGUUUAAAAAAUGUUCAGAAAGUCUUUAAACUUACAAUAAUGUACUACUUAAAUGUAAUCAAUUGUAACUCCUAAUAUGUCCAUUUUUGCUUUUCUAAAUAUAAAAGUAUUAUAUUAAAAAUACCUAAGUAG